AUGGCGGUGCGUUCCCGAUUACCGAAGGAAACUUAUGCGGCAAUGCGCACCUCUCUCUACUAUGAUAACAGUCCUUUUGUCAGCAAGCGCGAUGUGAUGUUUACCAACAGUGAUGGCACCUAUCACAUUAAUGAUGUUGGUCUCAGCCCGACCAAGGUCCAGGGUGCGGGCAGGAUUCAACCGACCGUGCUCAAACCGACUUCAUAA